CCCUUAAAAGCGACUGUUUAUUGUGUGAAUAAUUUAUAAUGAAGAUCAUUUGUUAUACAUUAACAAUUUCAACUAUGCUGUCGCUGGGAUUAUCCCACGAUUGGUCGUUCUGUGAGUUGUCAAAACAAAUGGAAAACCAGUGUGCUUCCUAUUGCUACCAUGUGGUGAAGCCUCUGCUUCAUAUGAGUGAAGUCUGUAGGCAGAAGGAUGCACAAGUUUCGGAAUUGCAAAGCCAGAUGGAAGAACUUAGGAUCAAAAUGGCAAUUUUAGAGACUUCUUUGGCAGAAAAAGAAAAACAAUGUGAAUUAAGAAUCGAGCAUGCCAAAGAGAUAUUCUCUAUUGAAAUGAGAAGAAAGCCCAAAGCUCAAGAGAACACUGAAGACAUUGUAAAGGACGUUUCAUUUUCUUUGAGUUGUGUUGAUAUUGACAGAUCCUCCGGCAUUCACAUGAUAACGCUUCCUGACAUAGAGGCAUUCCCAGUCAAGUGUGAUAGUGGAAUUGCUGGAUUGGGCUGGACAGUAAUACAAAGUCGAUUGGAUGGCAGCAUUAAUUUCUAUCGCAGCUGGAAUGAAUACCGUGACGGGUUUGGCGAUUUAAAGUCUGAGUUCUUCAUGGGUCUCGAGAAACUGCAUAGGAUAACAUCAAGUGAGCGCCAUGAGCUCUUCAUAUUCAUGAGAGAUCGGAAUUCGCAACUGCGCAGCGCUCGCUAUGAUGACUUUAAGGUUGGCGGUGAACAAACUGGCUACGAACUAAUCUCGAUAGGCAACCACACAGGCUUUUCCGAUGAUAUUCUUCGCGGGAACUUGCACAUGAAGUUCUCGACCUUCGAUAGGGACAACGACAAAUGUGGCGACUCGAAUUGUGCAGUUGAUCUUCACGGAGGCUGGUGGUACAACUGUUGUUCAGACAGCAAUUUGAAUGGAGGAUAUCAGGAGACUCAAAAGUCUCGCCGCAUCUUCUGGAAUUACUCCUCCGAUGAACUAAUAACUGUGCAUAUGCUUAUAAGACCCAAACGCGUCAAUCUCUCUUAAUAACAACUGCAUCUACCUUAAAUGCCUUUUAUAAUUUAUAUCCUACCGUGAGUGGGUAAUGACAGCGGCUUUGGGCAGUCCUGUGGUUCCCGAUGUGUAGAUGUACACAAGCUUAUCCUGAUGAUCCGCCCUCGUGGCACCUGCAGCCACUUUAUCCUUGGCUGCAGCAUCCAGCAGUGGAUUCAGUUGCUGUGCCAGACCCUGUGUGAGACCAUCGGUAACUUCGGGAGAGUGCACGCCAUCGUUGAACUGAUACAACGCCACAUGAGCGGGCAAAUCCUUGGCUAUAUCCAUGACAGCUGCACGGUAGCCAACGCUGUAGAUGAGUGCGGUACAGUUACCCACCUUGAUGCUGUGCUGCAGCGAAGGACCGCGCAAAUUUGUGUUGAUGAGCGGCGUGAUGACACCUAGUUUCGAGAGUCCAAGCCAUGUGGCAACGAACUCACAGCGAUUCUCCAUCAGCAACCCCACCACGUCGCCCUUUUUGUAGCCAUGGCUGUGGAAGACAUUCGCCACACGAUUUGCAUGUUCGUUCAGUUGCCGGAACGUCCAUUGUUGCGUCUCGCUGACAAUAGCCAGCUUGUCGGGAUACUGUGCCACAUUCGCCUCGAAAAUGUCACCCACAUUAAGGUUCUUACGUUCCUGCCGCUUCACAAACAACAUCACGCGUAUGUAGGCAAUCAGAGCGCUAAGAAGAUGCGGGUUAAUAACUUGAUCGAGGCAAACUUCAACUUCUGCAACUUACAUGGUGUCGCGGGGAGUCGUCACUGCUGCUAUGUAGAACCAGCGGAAUCCAGGCUUAACCAACAGCAGCAGCACGAGGCUGCCAUAGACCCCAAGCAGUCCAUAGUAGGCACCUUGAUAGUACCAAAGCAAAGCUGUGCCCGCUGCUCCAAGUGGCGUCAAUAGCAAGAACAGCAGCCAGCGAAGGCAACUGGUUUUCUUGUCUGCAUUAGAUGUGUCCUGGGUUGCCUCGAUGUUGAGCUUAACGUCCUUUGAGGCACUCUAAAAUAAAGAAUUGUAUACUUCACUCUCUACACCAUAUCAAAUGAGAACUGUAUAUUUUAAACAGCAUGAACUCUGAGUUCAAGCAUCUAGUGUAAAAGCAAUUAGAAUGUUAAGUAUAUACAUUUAGUA